GUUUUGUGCUCCCUACUUCAGGCUACUCCCAGAGCUUGUCUCAUUUGCUUCUGGUUAGAACUCCAGAGCUUCGUGCUAUACCCACAAGAGAGGUUAGCUUCUUCCUGUAUUUUUUUUUCUUCAUAAUGAGAGCCUCCUACGCACUACUCCCUCUCGUACUGGCCCGAACCAUCGUUGCGGCGUUGUCCAUCUGUGCUACAGACAAUACCUCUCCAAUAUCGCCCACUUAUUACCAGUUCCAGUCGAAUGGCUACUGUCAGACGCUAUGUCAAUCGUCUGGCUACGCGUACGCGGUGCUACAAGGCUAUAACUGUUGGUGCUCCAACGAGACCCCGUCGCUGAAUACUGAUAUGAGUAACUGCGAUGAUAGUUGCCCUGGGUUCCCCUCGGAUAAGUGCGCUGCAACUGGGUAUUACGGCUAUAUCUUGGUCAAUGCCGACUUAGUGGUCACUCCAGCUUCGUCUACCACAUCCACAACACCCACACCCACGUCCAAAUCCACCCCUACAUCUACCACCCCUACACCCACCGUCCCUACAUCCACAUCCCCAACCACUCCCUCAACUACUAGCAUACCUGCAACCACCUCAGCUACAGAAGACACUGAAACCACCGAGGAAGCCACAUCCUCAGUAGCCACACCUUCAGUAGCCUCCUCCACUUCUGGAGUCCUGUCUGCACUCGCCACCACUUCCGCUUCAUCCACCCCUGUACUCACCUCGUCGCUCCAACCAGUCACGUCCAUCGUGUACUCGGUAAAGACGGUUACGAACUCCGCAACAGUGGAGUAUUUCACCACCCAAAUCGCCACCACCACCACCCCUGGGGCCACCGACACCUCCUCCAAUAAUAACGGCAUCAACGGCACCAACCCUUCCAAGAAAUCUAAUAAAGGCUUCUUCCAGUCCAAGGGCAAGGUUGCUGGUGUUUUCACGGCCGUUGGGAUUGUCAUAGCGGCUAUUCUUGCCGCCUUACUUUGGUUCUUGUGCCGGAAACGCAGCGACGACGAAGACAUCGAAAGCUCUGAGGACUACGAAAAGAAAACCUUCGACCCGAUCCAGAGCGGAGCCCUUGCAAGAGCUGGGACUAUCAGCGCCUCUAUGAACAGAAGUAUGGCUGGCCAUGGCCAUCACCAUUCCAUUGGCGGAGAAACCAUGUAUGGUCCCUUCUACUCGCGCAGAGCAAGCAUUAACACCAAUUCGCCGCAGAGAGUCGACAGCCAGGUGACCCGAUCUAGCGGCAACAUGCCAAAGAUCGAUGAUGAUGAGUACUUGGAAAUCGACCAGCGCCUCGACCCGCAAAGCGCCAUGUUUAUCAACGCCGAUAACUCCAACAUCUCGUUGUACGAUGAAUAUGACUACUCCAGAAAGCUCGGGGUUGUUAACCCCGAUGUGAGCUCUUCUCUCCGCGCAGUUGACCCGGAGGCCGGGAUGAGCAGUGUGGAGGAGGAAGACGAGAGCGCUCUGAUCGAAGAGGUCCACCAUAAACGCGAUGGAUCUGACAAAAGUGGCUACAGCUAUGAUCAGUAGCUUUCGCCAGCCCUGCAUUUUUUUUUUU